ACAGUUUGAGCCAUAGAUAAUCUAACUUAUAUAGGUUUGAGCUACAGUUUGGGCCAAGUUUGAGCUGGUUUGAGCUUUCGAGGGUUGACUCAAAUCAAAUUUUAAUGUUUUUGUCAACUACGAGACUGAUUGUAGUACAUUGUAAUAGUAGGGAACUGAUUAGUUAAUUAAAAUAACUUCAUUUUUUUAUAAUUAUGGAACGGUCUCAAUUUGCUUUAUCAUGGGAUGAACAUGUACAAAAUAUUUGUAAUGGAUUAAGUUUGCUACAACAGAAUGGUGAAUUCGUUGAUAUGACUCUAGCAGCAGAUGGUCAUCAUGUGAAGGUUCAUCAAGUUAUUAUGGCACUGAGCAGCCCCUUUUUAAAAGAUUUAAUAUCAAAUGCGCAAUGCCCUCAUCCAGUGAUAUUUUUGAGUAAAAUAUCUCAUAGAACACUAUCAGCUUUACUAGAAUAUAUCUACACUGGGGAAGUAUUGGUAGCCUUAGAGGAUUUAAAUGAGCUUAUAAACGCAGCUAAAGAGCUUCAUAUAAAGGGUUUGCAAGAAAUGAAUUUGUCCCAAGCAUUAACAAGCAUUAAACAAAAGUCACCAGAAGUUGUCUCAACUCAAAUGGAAUGCUUGGACGUUGAAGAAGAUAUCAAUUAUUUUGAAGUUCCAGAUUCCAAUCAGAAUGAUGAACUUAAUAAAAUGAAUACGCAAACAAAUAGCUGCAGCCUCAUAGUGAAUGAUGUACAAAAUGCUGAAGACAAUAUAGAAGAGUUGUAUGAAAUUGACGUCACUGAUGAUAAUAAAUGUAAUGAAUUAACAGAACCGGCUUCUAAUAGUACACAUGUUGAUACAUUGCCUAGUAAUCCAGAACGGAAAAGUCUUAGCACAUUGCAAUACACUGUAUCCAACCAGGGUUCCUUGCAAAUGAUACUGAACAGGUUUAUAUAUUACCUAAAACAUACAAACAGGGAUAUGUCUCGACAAUGGAGAUGCGUCGAAUAUCUCGCUAGUAGCAAGUGUCCUGCUUACGUUUUUACCAAAGAUGAUGUUGUUGUUCAAAGGAUCUUGGCCCAUAAUCAUCCGUUUCACGAUAAGAAAAUAUUAAGAAAAGUGAAAGCUGGCGCUAUUUUUACUGCGAUACACGACGCUGAGAACGAAGGAACGAUCAUGAAAAAGAAACUCGAACAAAAUGAAAGUGAAUAAAAAAUAUUUUGAAUAUAA